AUGAAGGUGUUCAUUGCAUUCUCUAUGGCCCUGGCCCUUGCCAGCGCAGCGACAGUCAGCGAUUCGAAGAAGGAAAAGCGGGGACUGUAUGAGCUGGGAUCCUCUCAACAGGAAUCGUACGAGACCUACGGCUAUGAACAUCAGCAAUCUCACGGAUACUACGACAACGACUACGCCGAGAAGGAAGUGAAACAGGUCAUCACGAAGAAGGUCCCAGUACCUUACCCAGUGGAGGUCGAGAAGCACGUUCCCGUCGAGGUGAAGGUCCCAUACCCAGUGGAGGUUGAGAAGAAGGUUCCGGUGUACGUCGAGAAGAAGGUUCCAGUGUACGUUGAGAAGAAGGUUCCAGUGCACGUUGACCGCCCGUACCCAGUGGAAGUGAAGGUCCCAGUCCAUGUCCCAGUUUACCAGAAGGAAUACGUCGAGGUCCCGAAGCCAUACACAGUUCAUGUCGAUAAGCCCUACCCAGUGUACGUGAAGGAGCCAGUGUACGUCGAAAAGCCAGUCCCAUUCACGGUUAUUCUGAAGAAGGAGCACAAGAAGCCGUUCUGGGGCUAA